UAAAGAAGUAGAGAUUGUUUGUUUGCAUUUUCGUCCAGUUCGAAGAGUCUGAAUGCCCACCAACGGUAGGCGUUUCAUUUGGGGAGAUAUUUUGUGAUGAUAUGGACUCCGGGUCGACCGACACGCAGCAGGCAGAUCGUAGCGGACACGCCAGAUCCGUCACUGCGCUCAUGUGAAGUUUAGCUCUGCGAAAAGGAUGUCACCCAGUUCUGCUGGAUCUAAAAUCAAAGAGCAUUUUUAAAGGCUGUUUGAUCUGUUCGGUAUUUUAAUUCUAUGAAAGAUAUAUUAGGAUUUUUCUCAGUUUUGAUCGGAUCCCUUUUUAUUUUACUGUGAACCUACUCAUCUAGGUGUUGCUUUGAGUGAUAGCCUACUGUCAUUUAUAUUUUUUUGGCGUAAACUCUUUUAUUAAUGUUUUCUCAGAUAAAUGGAUGUCAAUUACCUCGUUUUGCUGAGCGAUUUGAAUCCCUGUCCGUUUUUUUUCUAUUCAACAAGCUAAGCGAGCACUGGUAAUCCAGCGAUGGGCGCAGUUUGCCUGAGUAGGAACCGAAUGCGUCUCGAUUUUUUAAAUGCAGCUUGUUGAAUCUCCACGUAGGUAAUAGGAAUGGGCUCGUAUUGACAAACUUUACAGCCAUUUGGGUGGUAACAGGCGGUUUACAGCUUCCCUUUCCCUAAAACUAACUCAGCUGUCAGAGGAUCAUGGCUCGUUACGGUUUCGGACUGAAACAGAACCCUCGCUUUCUAUGGAUAGUGUUUUGUUUGAUGAGAACGUUGUUGGAUUUCGCGCGGUCGCAGGAAGUUUACGCACCCCAUUCUAUCAGAAUUGAGGGCCAUUUGACCCUGGGUGGUCUCUUCCCCGUGCACACCAGAGGGACCGACGGCGUGCCUUGUGGAGAUAUCAAAAAGGAGAACGGGAUCCAUCGGCUUGAGGCCAUGCUGUAUGCUCUGGAUCAAAUCAACCUCGACGAUCAACUUUUACCCAACAUCACCCUAGGCGCCCGGGUGCUAGACACUUGUUCGAGAGAUACAUAUGCGCUGGAACAAUCAUUAACUUUCGUUCAGGCUUUGAUACAGAAGGACACUUCGGAUGUGAGGUGCACCAAUGGAGAACCGCCGUUGUUCGUCAAGCCCGAGAAAGUGGUUGGAGUCAUUGGCGCCUCGGCAAGUUCUGUAUCGAUUAUGGUCGCCAACAUUUUGCGCCUCUUUCAGAUCCCUCAGAUCAGCUAUGCCUCCACGGCCCCAGAGCUGAGUGAUGACCGGCGCUAUGACUUCUUCUCUCGGGUGGUUCCCCCGGACUCAUUUCAGGCCCAGGCAAUGGUGGACAUCAUCAGAGCCCUGGACUGGACCUACGUCUCCACCGUUGCCUCUGAGGGCAGCUAUGGAGAGAAGGGCGUGGAGGCCUUCCAACAGAUCUCCAAACAGGCUGGUGGGAUCUGCAUCGCUCAGUCUUUGAAAAUUCCCCACAACCCCAAGCUGGAGGAUUAUGACGAAGCCAUCCAUCAACUGCUGGAAACGCCCCACUCCCGGGGAGUCAUCAUCUUUGCCAGUGAAGAAGACGUACGGGGACUUCUCAAUGCCACCAAGAGAGCCAAUCAGGUGGGCCAUUUCCUGUGGAUUGGGUCGGACAGUUGGGGGGCGAAGAGCAGCCCAAUACACCAGUUGGAGGACGUGGCAGUGGGAGCAGUCACUAUACUGCCCAAACGCUCAUCUAUUAAAGGGUUUGAUGAAUACUUCACCUCGCUCACCCUGGAGAAUAAUCGGCGGAACGUGUGGUUCGCCGAGUUCUGGGAGGAGAACUUUGACUGCAGGCUCCUUAGUUCCUCCAAAAGAGAGGAUACCAGCAGGAAAUGCACAGCUCAAUUGGUAGAGCAUGGCACUUGCAACGCCAGGAUAGUGGGUUCGAUUCCCGGGACCACCCGCCAGGAGCGGAUUGGAAUAGACUCAAAGUACGAGCAGGAGGGGAAGGUGCAGUUUGUGAUAGACGCGGUGUACGCAAUGGCUCACGCCCUCCACAACAUGCAGAGAGACCUGUGUCCUGAGCACUCUGGCAUCUGCCCUGUGAUGGAGGCAGCCGAGGGGAAAACUCUGCUCAAGUACAUACGCAAUGCCAGCUUCAAUGGUAGUGCAGGCACGUCGGUUAUGUUUAAUAAAAACGGCGACGCCCCAGGACGCUACGACCUGUUCCAGUUUCAGAUGACCAACACCAGUGUUCCUGAAUACAGGCCCAUCGGACAGUGGGUGGAGACUCUCCAACUCAGGCUGGAGGAGCUGCAGUGGCCAGAGGGGGAGCAGGCGGUCCCUAUUUCCAUGUGCAGUCUGCCCUGUAAGGCAGGUGAGAGGAAGAAGAGGGUGAAGGGCAUGCCAUGUUGCUGGCACUGUGAGCUGUGUGAUGGUUACCAGUACCAGUAUGAUGAGACCUCAUGCCGCCUUUGCUCUUAUGACAUGAGGCCCAACCCCAACCGGACGGAGUGCCAACCUAUCCCCAUUGUCAAACUGGAGUGGCACUCCCCCUGGGCCGUCAUUCCCGUGUUCCUCGCCAUGCUGGGUAUCAUCGCCACUAUCUUUGUCAUGGCAACGUUCAUACACCACAACGACACACCCAUCGUACGUGCGUCAGGCCGCGAGCUGAGUUACGUGCUGCUGACGGGCAUCUUCAUGUGUUACAUUAUCACCUUCCUGAUGAUUGCCAAGCCCGACGUGGGCGUGUGCUCCUUCCGGAGGAUCUUCCUGGGCCUGGGGAUGUGCAUCAGCUAUGCCGCGCUGCUCACCAAGACCAACCGGAUCUACCGGAUCUUUGAACAGGGGAAGCAGACAGUGACAGCCCCGCGCUUCAUCAGCCCCACCUCCCAGAUCGCCAUCACCUCCUCCCUCAUCUGUCUGCAGCUGCUGGGUGUGCUCGUCUGGUUCGCCGUGGACCCCCCCAACACCAUCAUCGACUACGACGAGCAGAAGACCAUGAACCCCAACCUAGCGCGUGGGGUGCUGAAGUGUGACAUCACAGACCUGCAGAUGAUCUGUUCGCUGGGCUACAGCAUCCUGCUGAUGGUCACAUGUACCAUCUACGCUAUCAAGACCCGCGACGUGCCAGAAGACUUCAACGAGGCCAAGCCCAUCGGCUUCACCAUGUACACCACCUGUAUAGUCUGGCUGGCCUUCAUCCCCAUCUUCUUUGGCACAGCCCAGUCUGCAGAGAAGCUGUACAUCCAGACAACCACCCUCACCAUCUCUAUGAACCUCAGUGCAUCUGUAGCUCUCGGGAUGCUGUACAUGCCCAAGGUCUACGUCAUCAUCUUCCACCCGGAGCUCAAUGUCCAGAAGAGGAAGAGGAGCUUCAAGGCCAUGGUCACCGCCGCCACCAUGUCCUCCCGCAUCUCUGUGAAGCCCAGCGAGAGGCCCAAUGGAGAGGCCAAGACCGAGUUGUGUGAAAACCCACCCAUCGCACCCACCGACCCCAUGAGUCAAGCUACGAAGAAAACAUAUGUGAGUUACAACAACCUCAGGAUCUAAUGGCCUCCCAGGGAAUGCUCCGUGUCUUUACUCUGGGAUGAUGACCAUAACUGAGGAGCACAGGAAGAGACGAUGGGCAGGGGC